CGACCAAUUAGUUGUGGCCACAUAAAGUGAGUGCUCUCUUGAUAAUUGAGUUUAAUUGUUAUGUGGUAAAAGAGCACCUGCACCAUAUUCAUAAGCUGGCAAGGAAAUAAUUGUGAAAAAGCAACACAGCACAGUGUAGAAGAAAGAUAUGCACGGCCAUAUCUCACAAGAUACCCUUUUAGAGGUUCCGGCAGUUGUGGUAUGGGAUGUCUACCGUGGUCUCGAGCUCGGAAAGUUGGCCGAUGAACUGCUACGAGAUGUUAUCGGCAGUGUAGAAGUUGUCCACGGUGACGGCAGCGUUGGAACUAUUGUAAAGGUCACAUUCCCUCCUGGAACUCCUGGAUCUAGUUAUCUGAAGGAAAUGUUCACAAAAAUUGAUGAUGAGCACCGGUUGAAGGAAACAGAAAUCAUUGAAGGAGGAUUCAAAGAUGCUGGAUUUGAGCUUUAUCGUAUUCGAUUGCAAAUCAUUGAAAAAGAUGCUGAAUCAUGUAUUGUCAGGUCGUCGGUAGAGUAUGAAAUAGAUGACAAGCUUGAAGAAAUUGCUUCUAUGGCCACUACUAAGCCAUUGGAAAUAAUCGCAGAAGUUAUAGGCAAAUAUCUCAAAGAAAAACAAAGCUCAUUAAAUUAGGAUAUUAUGUGCUAUGUUGCUUCCAACAACGUUGUCUUUAUCUAGAACUAAAUAUUUUUUUCCUGACUUCUAAACUUUUAAGUAUUUUUAAGAUCUGAUUAUUCGUAUAUUUGUAUUAUGUUUUGUAUCAUAUAAACCAUGCAAGCAUUUGUAUGCAAAAUAUAUGAAUUGAACUUUUGAAGUAAUGAAGUUUCUUUUGAAGGUUUUGAUGCAAUAAUUAAGGUGAAUAAUUAAAAAAGUAAGUUCACAAUUGGGGGGAUAAAAAAUCAAGUGUAUCAAAAAAGUUGAAGGCUACACCUGUUGUUUGACUCAAAAGCUUAACUGCAAUUCCUGAUACAACUAUUAUUUGGUAUCCAUUACUGUGUGUCCUUUCAAGGAUGCUUCAAAAGUUGCUCUUGAAAGGGAUAGGCUUGAAGAAACGUAUCCAUUACUGUGUGUGCUUUCAAGGAUGCUUCAAAAGUUGCUCUUGAAAGGGAUAGGCUUGAAGAAACUAGAAAUUCCCUAAGAGAUUGUCUAUAGGAGUUGGUUGAGUUGAUAUAGAUUGAACGUUUCUUGUCUGGCGUUUCUCAAAAUUUCUACAAAUGUUGAUAUCAUGUCCUCAUGUUCCAACUUAUCUUGUGGUAC